GCUUUAAAAUCAAAUUCAAAAUAAGUUUCACCAGAUCACCACAGCGCCCAACCACAUUUCUCUCACUCACUGCCAAAUUAAAUUUAUAUUCUACAAAGCAAAAAUGAAGCUCUCAAUCCGAAUGCUGGACCAGCGUACGAUUAACGUGGAGAUAAGUGAAUCGCAGAAUGUGCGGGCUCUAAAACAGCGCUUGGGCAAUUUACCCGAGGUGUCCUUGUCGGUAGAGAGUCUGCAGCUGAUAUACGGUGGCCGCAUUAUGGAGGAUGCGCUGCCUAUUAGCGAAUACAGAAUAUCCGAAGACAAGUUCAUUGUGUUGAUGGGCAAGAAGAAGGUCGAGGUUAAACCGCCGGAGGAGCAGGUUCAGACAACACCGCCUCAAACUAAUGUUGAAACUGAAACACGCACACAGGUGGUAGCACCUUCAUCUUCUCCCGAUGAGCAACGGGUGCGUGAUCUUAUGGCAAUGGGCUAUGGCGAAGAGGAGGUGCGCUCUGCUCUUCGGGCCAGCUUCAAUCAUCCGGAACGUGCCAUAGAGUAUCUGAUCAGUGGGAUUCCCCACGAAGCUUCAGCGGAGCAGAGUUUAGCCCCUGUUUCCAGCGGGGAGACAACUGAGGAAGUGCAGCAACUAAUGGGGGAUCCUAGCGUUGCCCGAGUACGUGAAAUGAUACGUGAAAAUCCUGAACUACUGCAGCUCAUCUUGGCUAGACUGGCUGAAACCGAUCCAGCUGCUUUUGAGACUGUUCAGAACAACCAGGAGGAGUUCAGAGCUAUGCUUACUGGUGAUGGCAGUGUUGUCAGCGACGACUCUGAAGCGGGAGCCACCCUACAGGUUUCCCUGACCGCCGAAGAAGCCGCCGCUGUCGAGCGACUGGAGGCACUGGGUUUCCACCGCGUGUUGGCCGUGCAGGCUUAUCUGGCUUGUGACAAGAACGAACAGUUGGCUGCUGAGAUACUUUUUCGCCAGUCAGAGGAGGAUCAGGAUGAAUAAAGCGAUUGGGCGCACAUAAAUGCAGCCGGAACAUAA